UAAGAAUCGAACCCAGUUGACCCAAAUCACCGGAUGCAAAGCAUAUCAGCUGGAUCACCUCAUGCAGAUCCAAUGCUGUAUCCAUUACUUUUCCCACACGGAGAAACCGGCUGGCAUUACAACCUGCGACAAGAGGGCAUCCGCCGGAACGAAGUGCGUCUUCGGAACUCUAUGAAAGAGUUUGCUUCUUCUCGCCUGGCCAUCAGAUACACCGGAACCAAUAGCAACGGAAAUGAAGGUCAUACAUUCAGUUUAAUACACGCAGGUGGUUUUUUAUUACAGCAGUACAUAUGUGAUCAGUACGUUCGAGUGGAAGCGAACAAUCUACGUUACCUCAGAGACCACCAGAAAGCACUCUUUGCUGACGCCUAUCAAGGCCUUCUGGACCAUAUUAACCAACAGCUCCGACUAGACGAAAUCGAUCCGGUCGGCCGCAGGACAAUUCUGCCUUCGACGUUUCUAGGUGGCCCUCGGUGGCCAGAGAUUGUAGAUAACAUUCCAUGUUGGUUGAAGGCAACCGACAGGCCUGAUUUGGUGGCGAGGGUGUUUCACGCAAAACUGAAGGAGCUAAUGCGUGACAUUACGGUCAAUAAGGUGUUUGGUAAUGUAGAUGCUUAUGUUUACACUAUUGAGUUUCAGAAACGUGGUCUUCCACAUGCACAUAUACUCAUCAUCUUGGAUGAGGACAUGUAA